GCUGCUCAGUUGAAUCUUCUGAUCCAAGAUGGAGGCGCGCGACGGCGAGCACGGAGGAGCUAUUCUGCUGUAGUGCUCGCGGGCGCCUGCCGUUUUUUUUUCUUUUCUCCUCUGAAUGUGCUGCACUACCGACCGAGAACCGACGGGACCUUGUUGAUUAUUGUCUGGUUAUGUUUUUCGUCUUCAACGCACGCGCUUUACGCGUUUUAUGAACGCCAUUACGAGAGUACAACGACGGUAGGAAAAGCGGUGGACAGAUUUGGGAAGACACUGGUAACUUCCAACCUGCUCUCCAACCAUGAGCUCGGGUGAAGGAGCGGAGGAGACAGCGAAGGACGCGGCCGACAUCGCAGCUUUCUUCAAAUCCGAUCUCACUCUUCCAAAAUGUGAGCCUAAACUGGAUGCUCCUAGCCACAUAGGUGGGUUUCGCAAAAAUGAUGAGAUGAAGGCUAUAGAAGUUCUACCAAUUUUAAAAGAAAAAGUUGCCUUUUUAUCGGGUGGGCGAGAUAAACGUGGCGGUCCUGUUCUAACAUUUCCAGCACGUAGCAACCAUGACAGAAUACGACAAGAUGAUCUUAGAAGACUUAUUUCGUAUCUAGCUGGGAUUCCAAGCGAGGAGGUGUGCAAACGAGGUUUUACUGUCAUUGUGGACAUGCGUGGCUCUAAAUGGGACUCGAUUAAACCUCUCCUGAAAAUUCUCCAGGAAUCCUUUCCAUGUUGUAUUCAUGUUGCACUGAUUAUAAAGCCAGAUAAUUUUUGGCAGAAACAAAGGACUAAUUUUGGCAGCUCAAAGUUUGAAUUUGAGACCACUAUGGUGUCAUUAGAAGGCCUUACCAAAGUUGUUGACCCUUCCCAGUUAACGUCUGACUUUGAUGGCAGUUUGGAUUACAAUCAUGAGGAGUGGAUUGAAAUCCGUGUUGCCUUUGAGGACUUCAUUAGCAAUGCAACACAUAUGUUAUCCCGGCUUGAAGAACUGCAAGAGAUUUUGGCCAAAAAAGAUUUCCCUCAGGACCUGGACGGUGCACGCCGCAUGAUUGAGGAGCACUCCCAGCUUAAGAAAAAGGUGGUAAAGGCUCCAAUUGAGGAUUUGGACACAGAGGGACAAAAACUGUUACAGCGAAUUCAGAGCAGUGAUGGCUUUUCUAAUAAGAACACUGCAAACAGUAAUGCGGAUUUACAGAGCCUAGUCCCCAAGGUGUCUUCUAUGCUGGACAAGUUGCACUCUACACGUCAGCAUUUGCACCAAAUGUGGCAUGUCCGGAAGCUUAAACUCGACCAGUGUUUUCAGCUUAGACUCUUUGAGCAGGAUGCAGAAAAGAUGUUUGACUGGAUCAUGCACAACAAAGGUCUGUUUCUUACAAGCUAUACAGAGAUUGGAACAAACCAUCCUCAUGCAAUGGAACUUCAAACACAGCACAAUCAUUUUGCAAUGAACUGUAUGAAUGUCUAUGUAAAUAUUAGUCGCAUCAUGUCAGUAGGCAGCCGGUUAUUGGAAUCUGGUCACUACGCAUCACAGCAGAUCAAACAAAUUUCAAGUCAGCUAGAACAAGAGUGGAAGGCUUUUGCUGCUGCCCUGGAAGAACGCAGCACUUUACUCGAAAUGUCUGCAGUGUUCCAUCAGAAGGCAGAGCAGUAUAUGAAUAAUGUGGAUUCUUGGUGUAAAGCUUGUGGCGAGGUGGACUUACCCUCUGAACUUCAGGAUCUGGAAGAUGCUAUUCAUCAUCAUCAGGGUCUUUAUGAACAUAUCACAGUGGCUUAUUCUGAGGUGAGCCAAGAUGGCAAAGCACUGCUGGACAAGUUGCAACGACCUCUGACACCUGGUAGCGCUGACUCUUUAACAGCAUCAGCUAAUUACUCAAAAGCUGUACAUCAUGUUCUUGACAUCAUCCAUGAGGUUCUUCAUCAUCAGAGACAAUUGGAAAACAUAUGGCAGCAUCGGAAAGUCAGGCUUCAUCAGCGACUUCAACUGUGUGUCUUCCAGCAAGAUGUUCAGCAGGUUUUGGACUGGAUUGAAAACCACGGGGAAGCAUUCUUAAGUAAACAUACUGGAGUGGGAAAGUCACUGCAUAGAGCAAGGGCUUUACAGAAGCGUCAUGAGGACUUUGAGGAGGUGGCACAGAAUACAUACACCAAUGCAGAUAAACUCUUGGAGGCUGCAGAACAGCUUGCACAGACUGGAGAAUGUGACCCAGAAGAGAUUUAUCAAGCAGCUCACCAACUUGAAGAUCGUAUUCAGGAUUUUGUAAGGAGGGUGGAACAGCGGAAAGUCUUGCUGGACAUGUCUGUCUCCUUCCAUACUCACGUGAAAGAGCUGUGGACAUGGCUGGAAGAACUGCAGAAGGAGCUGUUGGAUGAUGUGUAUGCAGAGUCUGUUGAAGCAGUGCAGGACCUAAUAAAGCGUUUUGGGCAGCAGCAGCAAACCACUCUUCAAGUUACAGUUAAUGUCAUUAAGGAAGGAGAAGACCUUAUUCAGCAACUGAGGGACUCUGCAAUCUCUAGCAACAAGACUCCUCAUAACAGCUCUAUCAAUCACAUUGAAAGUGUAUUACAACAGCUGGAUGACGCCCAAGCCCAGAUGGAAGAGCUCUUUCAAGAGCGCAAGAUUAAAUUGGAGCUUUUUCUGCAGCUGAGAAUCUUUGAACGGGAUGCUAUUGAUAUAAUUUCAGACCUGGAGUCAUGGAAUGAUGAGUUGUCCCAACAGAUGAAUGACUUUGACACUGAAGACCUCACUCUGGCAGAACAAAGACUUCAGCACCAUGCAGAUAAAGCCCUGACAAUGAAUAAUCUAACCUUUGAUGUCAUCCAUCAAGGACAGGAACUGUUACAGUAUGUAAAUGAAGUGCAGGCAUCAGGUGUGGAGCUUCUUUGUGACAGAGAUGUUGACAUGGCAACUCGUGUCCAGGAUUUGCUGGAAUUCCUUCAUGAGAAACAGCAAGAGCUGGAUGUAGCAGCAGAGCAGCAUAGACGACAUCUGGAGCAGUGUGUACAACUGCGCCAUCUACAGGCUGAAGUUAAACAGGUUUUGGGGUGGAUUCGAAAUGGAGAGUCAAUGUUGAAUGCUGGGCUUAUCACUGCCAGCUCUCUACAAGAAGCUGAACAACUGCAGAGAGAGCAUGAACAGUUCCAGCAUGCCAUUGAGAAAACCCAUCAGAGUGCCCUGCAGGUACAGCAGAAAGCGGAAGCCAUGCUUCAGGCAAAUCACUAUGAUAUGGACAUGAUCAGAGAUUGUGCUGAAAAAGUUGCCUCUCAUUGGCAACAGCUCAUGUUAAAGAUGGAGGACCGUCUCAAACUAGUCAAUGCCUCAGUUGCCUUCUACAAGACAUCAGAACAGGUGUGCAGUGUAUUGGAAAGUUUGGAGCAAGAGUAUAAACGAGAGGAAGAUUGGUGUGGAGGGGCUGACAAACUAGGCCCUAACUGUGAGUCUGACCAUGUUACACCGAUGAUCAGUAAGCACCUUGAACAAAAGGAAGCCUUCCUUAAAGCUUGUACUUUGGCCAGAAGGAAUGCUGAUGUGUUCUUGAAGUACCUUCACAGAAACAGUGUGAAUAUGCCAGGAAUGUUAACUCAUGUCAAAGCACCUGAGCAACAAGUUAAAAACAUCUUAAAUGAGCUGCUGCAGAGAGAGAAUCGUGUCCUUCACUUCUGGACCAUGAGGAAAAGGCGUCUAGACCAGUGUCAACAGUAUGUUGUAUUUGAACGCAGUGCUAAACAGGCUUUGGAGUGGAUCCAUGACACCGGAGAGUUUUAUUUAUCCACUCACACCUCUACAGGUUCUAGUAUACAUCACACGCAAGAGCUUCUCAAAGAGCAUGAAGAAUUUCAGAUAACUGCAAAGCAAACCAAAGAACGUGUAAAAUUGUUGAUACAGCUGGCUGAUGGAUUUUGUGACAAAGGGCAUGCCCAUGCAAUUGAAAUAAAGAAAUGGGUAACAGCAGUGGAUAAAAGGUACAGAGACUUUUCCCUUCGUAUGGAUAAGUACCGAACAUCACUGGAAAAAGCCCUUGGAAUUUCAUCAGAUUCCAACAAAUCGAGCAAAGAUCUACAGCUAGACAUCAUUCCUGCUAGUGCACCGGGUUCAGAGGUUAAGCUGCGGGAUGCUGCCCAUGAGCUUAAUGAAGAAAAGAGAAAGUCUGCCCGCAGGAAGGAAUUCAUAAUGGCUGAGCUUAUUCAGACAGAGAAGGCAUAUGUGAGAGACCUUAGGGAGUGCAUGGAUACAUACCUAUGGGAGAUGACCAGUGGAGUUGAAGAAAUUCCACCUGGCAUUGUUAACAAAGAACAUAUCAUAUUUGGAAAUAUGCAAGAUCUUUAUGAAUUUCACAAUAACAUUUUUUUGAAGGAGUUAGAAAAAUAUGAACAACUUCCUGAAGAUGUAGGACAUUGUUUUGUUACAUGGGCAGACAAGUUUCAAAUGUAUGUAACAUAUUGUAAAAAUAAGCCUGACUCCACUCAGCUUAUUUUAGAACAUGCAGGACCUUACUUUGAUGAAAUACAACAAAGGCACAGAUUGGCCAACUCAAUUUCCUCAUAUCUCAUCAAGCCUGUGCAAAGAAUAACUAAAUACCAACUUCUUCUCAAGGAGCUGUUAACCUGUUGUGAAGAAGGUAAAGGUGAAAUUAAAGAUGGUCUGGAAGUAAUGCUUAGUGUACCAAAGCGAGCAAAUGAUGCUAUGCAUCUCAGCAUGCUAGAAGGAUUUGAUGAGAACAUAGAAUCUCAGGGUGAGCUAAUUCUUCAGGAAUCCUUUCAAGUAUGGGAUCCAAAAACGCUGAUUCGAAAAGGCAGAGAAAGACACCUUUUCCUAUUUGAAAUGUCUUUGGUGUUCAGCAAAGAAGUCAAAGAUUCUAAUGGAAGAAGUAAAUAUAUCUACAAAAGCAAACUCUUUACUUCUGAGCUGGGUGUCACAGAGCAUGUUGAGGGAGAUCCUUGUAAGUUUGCUCUUUGGGUUGGGCGGACUCCAACCAAUGACAAUAAAAUUGUCCUAAAGCCAAGUCAGGGAUGCAAACAUGGAGCAAUGGCAUCCAGCAUUGAAAAUAAACAAGACUGGAUUAAACACAUUAGAGAGGUAAUCCAGGAGAGGACCAUACAUUUAAAAGGUGCUCUGAAAGAGCCAAUUCACAUCCCCAAGCCAACCACAACUAAAAUGAAAGGGAGAAGGGAUGGGGAGGAUUUGGACAGUCAGGGUGAAGGAAGUAGCCAACCCGAUACAAUAUCAAUUGCUUCACGGACCUCUCAGAAUACCCUAGAUAGUGAUAAGCUAUCUGGAGGAUGUGAACUGACUGUGGUGAUACAUGAUUUUCUGGCCAGUAAUAGCAAUGAACUAACAGUACGAAGAGGUCAGACUGUGGAGAUCUUGGAGCGGCCACAUGAUAAGCCUGACUGGUGCUUGGUGCGGACUACAGACAGGUCGCCUGCAGCUGAAGGCCUGGUGCCUUGUGGUACACUCUGCAUUGCCCAUUCUCGGAGCAGUAUGGAAAUGGAGGGGAUUUUUAACCACAAAGAUUCUUUGUCAGUUUCCAGCAAUGAUGCCAGCCCCCCAGCAUCAGUCACUUCCCUACAACCUCAUGGCAUUGGCUCCCAGAGCUCUCCGGGGCCUAAACGUCCAGGAAACACUCUUCGCAAAUGGCUUACAAGUCCUGUACGGCGACUAAGUAGCGGCAAGGCAGAUGGCCAUGUCAAGAAGUUGGCACCAAAACACAAAAAGAGCAGAGAUGUACGAAAGAGUGCAGAUGCGGGAUCUCAGAAGGAUUCUGAUGAUAGCGCAGCAACUCCACAAGAUGAAACAAUUGAAGAGAGAGUGAGAAAUGAAGGCCUUAGCAGUGGUACGCUUUCCAAGUCAUCAUCCUCUGGAAUGCAGAGUUGUGGAGAGGAGGAAGGUGAGGAAGGGGCCGACUCAGUUCCACUGCCACCUCCUAUGGCAAUCCAGCAACACAGUCUUCUACAGCCAGACUCCCAGGAUGACAAAACUUCAUCUCGUCUGUCUAUCCGACCUACUAGUUCGGAGACUCCCAGUGCCGCAGAACUUGUCAGUGCUAUUGAAGAACUGGUGAAAAGUAAAAUGGCUUUAGAAGAUCGACCAAAUUCCUUAUCUGUCGAACAGGGAGACAGCAGUAGUCCUUCAUUUAAUCCAUCAGACAACUCUUUACUGUCAUCAUCCUCCCCCAUUGAUGAGAUGGAAGAACGCAAGUCCAGUUUCUUUAAGAGAAGGCAUUAUGUUUUACAGGAGUUUGUUGAUACGGAGCGUGAAUACAUACGGGACCUUGGAUAUGUAGUAGAGGGCUACAUGAACAAAAUGAAGGAGGAUGGUGUUCCAGAUGACAUGAAGGGGAAAGAUAAGAUUGUCUUUGGAAACAUCCACCAGAUUUACGACUGGCACAAAGACUUCUUUCUUGGAGAACUGGAGAAGUGCCUUGAAGAUCCCGACAGAUUCCCUUCACUGUUUGUCAAGCAUGAGAGAAGGUUGCAUAUGUAUAUUGUAUAUUGCCAAAAUAAGCCGAAAUCUGAGCACAUAGUCUCUGAAUAUAUCGAUACGUAUUUUGAGGACAUCAAGCAGCAACUUGGUCAUAGAUUACAAAUCACAGAUCUUUUAAUAAGACCAGUCCAGAGAAUCAUGAAAUAUCAGUUGCUGCUAAAGGACUUUCUCAAGUACUCUAAAAAGGCUGGCCUGGAUUCUUUAGAGCUGGAGAAAGCUGUAGAAGUCAUGUGCAUCGUACCCAAAAGGUGCAACGACAUGAUGAAUGUUGGGAGGCUCCAAGGCUUUGAUGGCAAAAUUGUUGCCCAGGGUAGACUGCUCCUACAGGACACCUUUCUGGUGGCUGACCCUGAUUCUGCACCACUUGCACGUAUGAAAGAGAGGCGGGUCUUUCUCUUUGAACAAAUAGUAAUUUUCAGUGAGCCACUUGAUAGGAAGAAAGGCUUUUCUGUGCCUGGAUACCUAUUUAGAAACAGUAUAAAGGUAAGCUGUCUUGGACUGGAGGAUAAUGUUGAUGGGGACCCCUGCAAAUUUGCACUGGCCUCCAGGUCUUCUGACAGCAAUACUGAAACAUAUAUCUUACACUGUGCCAACCCUGGAGUCCGGCAAGUGUGGAUCCAUGAAAUCAACCAAAUUCUGGAAAACCAGAGAAAUUUUUUAAAUGAUUUGACAUCUCCAGUUGAGUAUCAGAAAAAUCAUGUAGGUGCUGAUGGAGCCAGCAGCAGCACAGCCAGCAAUACUUGCAGCAACGUCAAUAUGGUGACCAGCAGUAGCGUAAUGGGGAGUCGGUCGAGACCCUCUCGCAUCCCCCAGCCUGUCAGGCACCAUUCACCAGUGCUGGUAUCCUCUGCAUCCUCGAUACCAGAAGGGGCAGACAAGAUGUCAGGUACGUCCUUUCGCAUCCUUUCUCUGCCAUCAACAGGCAACAGCAACUCCUUCCUCACAGAUCGUCCAGAGAAAGUCACAGACAAAGAGAUUACAAAGAUGAAGGUUCUUGAGAAACCCAGCAACAUCAAACAAAGUAGUUCAGCAGAGGCAAGCUUAAAAGAACUACAUGGCAUCUUGGAGGACACAAAAAGUAAUUCUCCAAAGGCCUCCACAGGCCUGCUCACACUGGCUAAACCUCGACCUGGUGCCAUUUCCCCUAUGGGAUCUCCACUUCCUUCUUCGCCUUUCAGCAAGGAACUCUUCACCCCAAGCAGCCCUGUGCAAAAGGGUCCUUCUUUCUGGAGCUCCAUGCCAUCCUCACCAGCAAGUCGUCCUGGUUCUUUCACUUUCCCUAGCGAGACAGAUUCACUUGGGCGCCAGACUCAACGCCAUUCAACCCACAGCAAGGACACAGACCGCAUGAGCACCUGCUCAUCUACCAGUGAACAGUCAGUGCACUCCACCCAGAGCAAUGGGAGUGAAAGUAGCAGCAGCAGUAAUAUUUCCACCAUGCUAGUGACACACGACUAUACAGCGGUGAAGGAGGAUGAGAUUAAUGUCUACCAAGGAGAAGUUGUCCAGAUUUUGGCCAGCAAUCAACAAAACAUGUUUCUGGUGUUCCGCGCUGCAACCGAUCAGUGCCCUGCUGCUGAGGGCUGGAUCCCUGGCUAUGUUCUUGGGCACACAUCUGCAGUAAUACCCGACAACCCAGACGGAACCAUUAAGAAAUCUUCAUCUUGGCACACAGCACUCCGCUUAAGGAAGAAGACAGAAAAGAAGGACAAGGAGUGUAGAAAGGAAGGCAAACUAGAAAAUGGCUAUCGGAAGUCCAGAGAAGGCUUGGCAAAUAAAGUUUCUGUAAAGCUUCUAAAUCCCAACUAUAUUUAUGAUGUUCCUCCAGAGUUCAUUUUGCCCUUGAGUGAUGUGACUUGUGACUAUGGAGAAAGUGUUACACUCCGGUGUAAAAUCUGUGGUCGACCCAAAGCUACCAUAACGUGGAAAGGUCCAGACCAAAAUAUUUUAAGUAAUGAUGGGCAUUUCAGUAUUUCCUAUAGUGAUUCUGGAGAGGCAACCCUAAGAAUCGUAGGUGCAUCAGCAGAAGAUGAUGGUACAUACAUGUGCAUAGCUACCAAUGACUUAGGAUCAGUCUCAUCGUCAGCUAUUCUCAGAGUAUUAGGUCCUUCAAGUGAUGGAAGCAAAGUAAUCUGGAAGGAUAACUUUGAUGCCAUCUACACUGAAGUAGCAGAGUUAGGCAGAGGCAGGUUCUCUGUUGUCAAGAAGUGUGACCAGAAAGGGACCAAAAGAACAAUAGCUGCAAAGUUUGUCAAUAAAAAGCUGAUGAAACGAGAUCAAGUUGCCCAUGAGCUGAGCAUCAUGCAGCACCUUCAGCAUCCAUUGCUUGUUGGUCUUCUGGAUGUUUUUGAAACAUCAACCAGCUAUAUAUUAGUCCUAGAGAUGGCAGACCAAGGCCGUCUUCUGGACUACAUUGUAAGUUGGGGAAACCUCACGGAAGAGAAGGUGACAUCAUAUCUUAAGGAUAUAUUAGAAGCUGUGCAGUACCUUCAUAAUUGCAGAAUAGUUCAUUUGGACUUGAAGCCAGAAAACGUUUUGGUAGACCAGACUUCAGCUCAGACAGUUGUCAAGCUUGCUGAUUUCGGAGAUGCCGUCCAGUUGAACAGCACUUACUACAUUCACCCAUUACUUGGGAGCCCAGAAUUUGCAGCACCAGAGCUGAUUUUGGGGAAUCCUGUAUGUCUGUCAUCUGACACCUGGAGUGUUGGAGUGCUUGCCUACGUUGUCCUCAGUGGUGCCUCGCCAUUCUUGGAUGAAAGCAUAGAGGAAACUUGCCUAAACAUUUGUCGUUUGGAUUUCAGUUUCCCAGAUGACUACUUUCAAGGGGUCAGCCAGGCUGCCAAAGAUUUUGUAUGCUGUUUACUGCAGGGGGAUUCUGCCAGGCGUCCUUCUGCAGCAGUGUGCUUGCAAGAGCCUUGGCUGCAACUGGCAAGCUGUCGCAGCACUGAGUGCAUCGAUACUUCACGACUGAUUUCAUUCAUCGAUCGGCGCAAACACCAGAAUGAUGUUCGUCCUAUUGGUAGCAUCAGAAACUUCUUACAGAGCAGAUUAAUGCUCAGGGUUUGACUUGAACUAUGAAAAAAAACGUAGAACGUGUUCUCUCAUUCUCUUUCACCAGCCAGAAAAUCGUGAAGACUAUUAGAGUCUUCAGCCAGCCUCUGCUGCGGGCUGGAUCGAUUAAUUGAAAGUAAAAUACUGCUGGCCAGUGAGCCACAUCUGUGGCUUCUACUUCGUGUGGAAACUGCAUGCCAAGAAAAGCCUGCACAAAAGACUUGGGAUAAGCAAUGCAAAAGUAACUAGCGUGGCGGACUACAUGAAAACGUCUCUGCCUGAGCCAGACAGAGCAAGCCUUUGUUGUUCCACAGUAUUUCAAUUCAGGUUGCUCAAUGAUAAAGAGAUGCAUUUAAAAAGAAAAGAAUUUUUUAAACAUGUAUAGGUAAUAUGAGGAAAUUAAAUAAAGACAAAUCUUUAUCCGAACAAUUUUCAAAAAUAAUAAAAGCAACACCCACCUCCUAAUCAUUAAUACUUGGGACUGAACCAAAUCCUGAGUUUUAGGCAUUGAUUUUCAUUGGCUGCUUACUUAUGGUGGCCUCUUUGAAACAUUUCUCUUUUAAAUUGGUCAUCUGAGCUUUCUGAUUGCCUCGCUUUGUAUUUAUUAUAAGAAAACAUGCAGUUCCUGUCAAAGAUGACCAUACUAAUUUUAACUGCUGCAGGUUUGACCUCAGAUAGUUUGCUUUGAAUAGCUAAAAUUGUGUUGCUCUGAUUUAAAUAAUUUUUUAAAUUAUAUAUAAAUAUAUAUAUAUAUCUAUACAUAAGCCUUACUUUGUAUAUAAAUUGUUUAUCUGCCUUCAGUCAUUUUUGUUUUAUAAAGAUGGUCACAGAGGCUUCUGACAUUCAAGCAAAUGCAGCCAGCCAACUAGACGUGGGGGCAAAGGAGAGGCAGAGGCCCACCUGUGGCACAUCUGAAUGCCAAUCAGAUUGCAAAAAUAACAAAGCAAGAGGAUAAACUGUAAAUGCACUCAUUGUAAGUUCUGUUUUCAUAUCAUGUGCAAUGUCGUGGCUUUAACAUUUUAUGCAACUCUAUUUAUGAAGACCUCUGUUGUAUCUGUAAUAAAUAUAUAGAAAAGCACAUAAUUGGUACCGCAAGUUAUACAUUUGUGUUUUCUUUUAUAUUAUGUUAGUUCAGUAUUAUUUCCUAAAAUUCUUAGCUUUUGUGGCUGGUGCAAAUAUCGAGGAUUGACAUGGCACUUAAUUUUGAGAGGAGUUUGUCUCUCGUCCCCGACACAUUUAAACCAAAGGACUCUUGUCUACAGUAAAAGAGUCGAGUGGAUUUUCUGUGCUCUGAAACACUUGUUUCCAGUCCACUCCGAAGACGAGCAAUUGAGCAAAUGAAAAAUAAAAAUAAUUUAUGUGUCUUCAGAAUUUCAAUUGACUCUUGCUGUGUUAUUUAGAAUAUUAUUUGUAUUAUUUUAAUCAAAAUGCAGUGUAAAGCCAAUACUGUGCUGAAGCUG